AAAUUACUAUAAUCCGAAUAAUUAAAGCCAACCACUUAGAACUAAUCAAACACCCUCAAAGUUCUGCUCUUUGCUCUAACUCGGAGACAAAAGCCAUCCCCGUAACCAAAUCUUUAAACUCCAAACUCAAACAUCCAACCUUUUUUCUGUUUAUUUUCUCUUCCCGUGCAGUGGUCCCAAAGGAAAUUUGAAAAGCUAGACCUUCUGCAAGGACGGAGGAGCGGUUCGCUCAGACCCAUUUUGUUUGAUUCUGUCAUUUUCGUUAGUGUGAAUCAAUGCCGGAGGAAUCGUUGCAGCAGGAAAGGGAAGCAAGAACAAUACUGAGAUUUCUUAGAGAACAAAUGGACGGUGUAGAUAGGGAAAGGGGGAGGUGGAGGAGUUUCAAAGAACGGCUGGGAUUUAAAGUCAUGGGUUGCUGUGGGACCACAUUGGGAUUCGGAUCAAUGACCAGGAGCAUCAGAGACGAAGACGGUGCGGUUGAAGUUGAAGAACGAGUAGACCCACAUCCGGAUCAAGGUUGCAUUAACCCGGCUCCAGUUUCGUCAGGCAUGAAUCUGGCCGAGGCGUUAGCGGCGGAGCGACAAUUUCGUGCAGCCCCGGAACCGGAGAGAGGUAAUGCGGAGAUUAAGUCCCCCGGGACGCCGCUCAGGGUGUCAUUGAUGAGGCUGUUGGAGGAGGAGGUGGAAGAAGGUGGGACCGAGAUGGGGAGUGAUUCGAUGUGCUGCGUAUGUAUGGGGAGGAAGAAAGGAGCGGCGUUUAUCCCAUGUGGACACACUUUUUGCAGGAUGUGUUCGAGGGAACUGUGGUUGAAUCGAGGGUGCUGUCCCCUCUGCAGCCGUUCAAUCCUCGAGAUUCUUGACAUUUUCUAAGGAUCAAUCAAUUUUCCCCAUUACUAUUAUGGUGACUGGUUUCAUCAUGACGACGAUGGUGCUGC